GUCCAGAUGAGUGGACACAUCUCUUUUCUCCUGCAGGUAACAAACUCUUGAGUUUUACAUUUAUUAUGUUUUUGUUGGCAGAAAAAAAUCUGCAAAUAUUAUUCCUAAAUUAGUUAAUUAAUGUCCAUGCAUUAAACAUACAGUAUAUAUUCUUCUCAUUUUAAAUACAUAUUUUUUAUUAUUUAUGUCUAGAUUUUUAAAUCCUUAGAUUUCUGAAUUUCCCUCUGGGAUUAAUAAAGUAUCUAUCUAUCUAUCUAUCUAUCUAUCUAUCUAUCUAUCUAUCUAUCUAUCUAUCUAGAUCAAUUGUAAAUAGUAAAACUGUAAUGUUAUCAAACAUAAUUUAUUAUUUGUUUUUUAUUAAUUGUUAUUGUGGUUUAUAACAUUGUAUUUGUAUAUGAUUGCAAGUCCAGUGUACAGAUCAUUAGACUUAGAUUAUAUUCUUAUGGGUGCGUGGGUCUUGUGUACUGUCUGUAGUCUGACCAGAAGUGCAAAAUAUGAACACGUUUAAAGAAUGACUGUAUAUGACCAUAUAUGCUCUACAGAGAAGAUUUAACAUGUUUAUAAGGUCCAUAACAGAUAGUUACAGUGCUAAUCUAUUAAUAUUAAUGAAUAAUAAUCACAAAAUUCAUGUAAAUAACAGUACAAAAGAUGUACAACUCUGAGGAUGAUAAAAGUUUUACAACAAAUAUCCAUUAAAUUACUGCUUCAAUGAUUAGAACAUGUAAUGGUUUCUUCACAAAAUGAGUGUUUAUUGCUCAAGAUUCUUGUCUUUCAUUGUGCCAUCAUGCCUCUGUCACACUGUCACAUUAACACACUAUGAGAACUUUAUUUUUAUUUCAUGAGUUAUCUUUAUGUUUAGACUGUUAUAAAAUCUUAGACGUAUGAUAAAUAAUCUUCUGGUAGAAAGUAUUUUGUCCUCGGCUCAGAAUGUUCUUGAUCUGUCUCAUUCUCAACCUAACCAAAGGGGUUGUUCAUUAGCUCACACAGCUUCCCCUCUGUUGUCUUUGCCCCACACACCCACACACACACACACACACACACACACACACACACACACACACACACACACACACACACACACACACACACACACACACAAGCAGACAAGCACACCUUUGUGUUAUCAGUACACAAAGUUCUCUUCUGUAAAAUCGGUACAGGUGACAGUUCUGUGCUCUUUUUAUCAGUAGAGCUGGGUGGUAUGGCAAAAAAAAAAAAUUCACAUCAGUUGCUUUCAGUCAUGAUAAAUCUCAACUCAUUGUUUUGAUAACACUUUACAAUGCUUUUUAUAAAACACCUAUCAUUAAAUUUGUAUAAAAUAUAUAUAUGUAUUUAUUAAUGUCAUGAGUCCUUGUAUGACACAUUUUACAUUAAUUAAAACCACCAUCAAUUUAAGUGUAUGUACUGUAUGAACAACAAUAGCCAGCAGUAUCAGCAUCUUAGCAAAUACAACUAGCAUUUCACAGAUAGAGCUAACUAUUUUUAGUUUGGAAAAAAAAAGCUUUUAUUAUAGAAAUCAUAAUCAGACAUUAUUUCAAAACACACGCUCUCCCCAAAGGAAAAAGAAACAGAUACAACUCGCGCUGUUAGCUUUUACAGUUGGAUGUUUUCAUUAAGUUGUCCCGAAUGCAAAACUCACCUCCAAUAUGGAGGAGCACUGUUGUCAAUAAAAGUGCAUAAACUAACUAAAACUAGCUAACUAAUAAGCUGUAAAACUAUACAGAUGCAGCGCCCUCUGUUGGUUUUGGAAGUUUUGGGUUUUGGUUCUUGGUGACGUAUGUACUUUACCCAGUUAUAGUAUCUUGAUUCCUGUAGUCACUGAUGAACUGAACCUGAUUCUCAACAGCAAUGGGUGCCCUACAUUGCUGGCUGAUAAAAAAAAUAUCAUACUAAAUAGCCUCUAGCUUAAGCUUUGUAGCUACUUUCCCGCUAGUGCUUUUAUGUGAGCACCUGGAGGACGGAGAGGUUAGACUGUCAUGUCUAAGAUGUCCUUGCUGUUGCCCUUCCUGUCUCAGCUAUCCAUUGAUGUGAAAUAAAGCAUAGCGAUAGUUCAGGCAGGACACAAAGUCAAGAUUAAGGCUACAGUCAGCUGAUCUUAAGCCAGCCCUCAGUCAGCUGACAGCUCAGCUGAUCGCUCCCAUACAUCCUAUUGGCAAAUGUCAAAAAGGCGCCCUAUUUAAACUGCUUCUCCUGCCUACUCUGCCUGCUGCAACCACUCUGUAACCCACCUCCACCCCAGCUCCUCCUCACUCUGUAACCCACCUCCACCCCAGCUCCUCCUUUUUUAUGUUGUGCAUGAUCUUACAAGUGUCAUAUUUAUUGUCACUGAUGCUUGCUCUGUUCUGUGGGGAGAUUUUAAUUUAUUUAUAUUAAUUUCAUUUAUUUGCUGCUGCUUUCUCUGCCUUGGCUUUUCUUGUACGCGCAUGAAAGGAAGGGGGUCUCCCCUCUUAUAGCUGUGGCAUUCCAUGCAAGCGCAUGGAAGGGCAGGGAACUCUCAGAACAGAGCCAUACCACCAAUGGAAAAAUGUUUGCUUGUAAUAAAUAAUUAAUUUUGACUAAAGUGGUCCUGACUGAAAUAGAAAAAAGGUGUGCUCUCCCUGCCUCAGGCUUUGACAAUCCAUAUAUGCACAUAAAGGACAGGGAGCUCUCAGAACAGGGCCAUACCACCAAGUUAAACUUAUUGUGUGCAAAUAGUGAUUCUUUUGACUGAAUUGUGCCUGAUUGAAUUGUAUUUGUCUCUUACAGGAGAAAACAGAAAAGAACAACACAGACUAAACUGCUGAAUAAAUCAGAAAAAUGGGGAACGUACCAUCAGAGGCUAACAUGGGAGACAGGCUAAGAUGUUACAAAUGUAACUGUGUCCUGCCUCCGUGUACAACCUUUGACAACCUUUACCAAACCACUAUUCAUGGAGUCUAUGUACAUGUGUUCAAUGGAGGUGAAUACUUCAGAGAAGUAGGCUGCGAUAAUAUGCACCAGUGCGCCAAUUGCUUUUAUCAGCCAAUCAGAUAUCAAGAGCAGAUGAGGAGAGAAGAGGAGAGGAGAAGAGAAGAAGAGAGGAGGAGGCAGGAAGAGGAGAGGAGAAGAGAAGAAGAGAGGAAGAGGCAGGAAGAGGAGAGGAGAAGAGAAGAAGAGAGGAGGAGGCAAGAAGAAGAGAGGAGAAGAGAAGAAGAGAGGCAAAGGAGAGAGGCUGAAGAAAAGAGGAGAGAAGAACUGAAUCAAAGAUUACAGGACUCACUCCAACAAGCCAAAGAGCAGCGGGAGGAACAACUGAGCAACAUCCAUUCAGAGGAACUCAAGUCAAAGAGAAAGGUUCUCAAAACUGAUAUGGAUGAGUUUGAAAUGAACGAUGAAUCAGGCAGCGAGGAUGACAAACUUAUAGAAGUCCUCUCCUCCAAAUGUGGCAUUCCACUUCAGAAUCUGAGCCUCAGUCAGCUCACUGCAGAUAAUCUGAGAAGCAUCAUGUUGGUUCUGGACAGACUUCUCUUUGAUGAAUGGAUCAGCGCUCCCCCCUCCCUCAGCACUUUGCAGCACACUCAUGUGUUCAUCACAGAGCUGUGUGCGCUCUCUCUUGAGAUAUCUGAGGGAGUUUCUUUACAGAAUAUCUCCACACAGGCACAGUACCUGGUGGGCUCCAUCAGUCAAUCGGCUUCUAAUGCGUUUGAGAGUUUUCUUCUGAGCCAGGCCCUGUACCUGACCCUGAUGCACUUUUUUACUGAGAAUCGCAGCUCUGAUACUGGUGCAGUCCUCAUAGCCAAACAGUGGGCUGAAGAAGAGCUUUCCGAUGAACAGGUCUUCAUUAUUGAGUUCCUGAGCUCCCUUAUGUCAUCAAUGCAGACAGCAGUAGGAAGAGCCUCUGUGUUCGUCUUAAAUAUGGAAAUCCAGAGCUUGAAGCUGCUUUUAUCUACACUCACAAACAACAAUGUGGAAGAAACACACUCAGAGUCCACCAAGAUGCUCCUCAAACUGGUGCAAAAGAACAAAUGGACCCCGAUGGAGGCGAUGACUCUGUUCACAGCAUUGUCACAGAAAUACAAAAAGGAUGAUUCAAUAUGCAAAGUCCUGAUGUUGGUUCAAGUACAUGACUUAUCUCCAGAAUGGACAGAUGAGUCUGGAAACUCCCUUAUUCAGGCCCUGGACUCUGCUGACCCUGAGAGAUUCCUUGAAGACCUCCAGAACACCCUCAGAAGGAAAGAUGAGAGCAGUUUAGAUGUAGCUUUGGCAGAAUUGAAAAUACUAUGGAAUUUAGAGGAUUCUGUUUUGGAUCAGAUCAAAGAUAUUACCAUUAGUGUGUUGCGCUCCUCUGAAAAUGCAUCAAAAGAUGCUCUGUUGAAAGAAGAUCUGAUUAAAGGUCUAAUCUUUGAUGUAGGAGAAAAACAGAACUCCCUCUUUCAGCUCUGCAAAGCAGUUUUUGACACGAAAGGCUGGUGGCCUACAGUGAGGAUAAUGCUGCGCUGGUGUGCGUUGGUACUGGCUGAGGAGAGUGCAGCAUUUGAGCCAGUCGGUUUGGAGGCAGAUCCGUGUGUCACCGCCAUGUUUGCAGCAGUGCAAGUGCUCAUGGGAAACAAGAUGGACAUUGUGCUGAGCUCUGAUGGACAGCCAGAGGAAAGGGCUGAGGAGUGGUCUAACUUUUACAGUUACCUGGGGAUGUCUGUCAACAUAAACAUGAAGAAAACUGAAGCAUCAUACACAGACGUCUUUGAGGCCGAUGUUGUGUACGGAACAGUCAAUGACUUUUUCUCUGACUACAUUCAACACGGCCUGAAGAUGCUGGAAACAGGAAACCCUCAGCAAAGUCGUGGACUUGUCUUUGAAGGAAGGAGUCUUGAUACUUCCAUAAAUUUUGAACUCCCUGCAAUUAAGGACAAUGAUGCCUCAGCAUUUCCUGCAAAGUUCUUGCAAAGCCUCAUGGGUAAAUUUCACAUUGAUGAUAAGGAGCUGAGACACACAUUUAUGAGGACUCUUUUCCAGGUGCUCCACACCAAGCUUAAAAAAGACACAGCUUCAGACAUUAGAAUCACCACUGUCUUUGAGAAGAUUACAGGGAAACAGCUGUCUUCCACAGAUGUCUUCAUUUUGACCCUUCUUGAGAGUCUUUUACAGGAGGUCUCCAAAGAAACAGAUCUUCCCCAAUGGAACAAAAAAUCCCCAAUGGGAAAAUGGUGUUUGGAAAGUUUAUCUGACUAUGUGCUCAGACUUAGUCCUUCAACAACUAUAAAAGACCUACUGCAGAUAGUUUCAAACCUUGAGGUUCAAAGACUUUGGUCUCCAGCUGAACUUUUACACCUCCUUGUAGUCUUAACUGAGCGCCAUCAUGAUAAAGACUGUAUUAGCAUCAUGAAGAUUCUGCUUUUGAUAACUACCUACCAGGUAUCUUUGCAUUGGACUGAUGAGAACAAUCAGCCUCUCCUAGAGCUCUUGGACACAUGUGGGACCAAGGAUCUGAUCCAGCAUUUAGAAAAGAACCUCAGAGGUGAGAAAGCAAAAAGCAUUGACGAUAUCUUUGAUGAACUGGUGCAGAUGAAGGACAUUGAUGAAGAGACACUAGAGAAAGCUUACACAGCAGUGAGUCAUGUCAGAAACUUGAUCAACACUGGGGAAAUUGAAAAGCACACAGAUGUACAGCUAGCAAAGACUCUGAGUCACAGCAGAGAAACACAAGACCUUCAGGAGGUUCUGGCAGUUUUGUGCAAUGCUGUACAUUACACAAAUGGCCCACCAUACAAGAAAAGUGAAGGGUGGUGGCCCAGAGACACUCAGAUGAUCAGCUGGUGCCUGUUGGCUUUGUCUGAAACUGGGAGGCUGUUGGAGAUGGGCACUGGAGAAGGGAAGUCUUGUGUGAUAGCGAUGUUUGCAGCAUUGUGUGUGCUUCGGGGUGAAAAGGUAGAUGUGGUUUCCAGCUCUUCUGUGUUAUGUCAAAGAGAUGCAGAAGAAUGGACCAACUUCUAUCAUUUUUUUGGCAUGACAGCUGACACAAACACCAAUAAAACUGACGAUGAUGAGAGAAAAGAGUGCUACCGAAAAGAUGUGGUCUAUGGAACGAUCGAAGCCUUUGCCGCAGAUCAUCUUCGUCAGAUAUUUGAAAUGAAAGAAGUCAGGCCUGACCGCAGAUAUGAGUGCAUCAUAAUUGAUGAAGUAGACUCACUGCUUCUGGAUCAGGGAGUGCAGCUGACAUACCUCUCCAGUCCUAUGGUUUCCAUGGAGCACCUUAACAACAUCCUGGCCAUGAUCUGGGGCCAUGUCAGCCAAUAUGGCUUCUUGUCAGCAGAACAUCAAACAUUUGUACGGAGUCCUCCUGCUUCCUUCUUCAAGGCCAUUUUUGACUCAAUAGACACAGAAGGAAGUGAGAUCAAGCACCCAAUGGACAUCCUACGAAUUGCUGAAGAAACUAACACAGUGAAGCAAGGAUUUACAGAGGAAAUCUUGAAAAGUACAAAGGAUGAACUUCUUGAGAAACUGAAAAGUGUGAGUCAGGAUGCUGUGGUGGAUUUUUUCCAAGAACUUGAGGGCUAUGUUCCCUAUGGCUUCACUGUUUAUACUUUGGACAGCCGGGGAAUGCUCUGUCUUCAAAAGCCCUCCCCAUACAACGACCAGGAAAUUCCAGAGCUUAAAUUUCUUGUAUUGGGUGAAGGUUUGUGUUGCACUCUGUAUGAUUCAGAGGUCAACCUCACCAACCCCAUUGCAGACUUAAUCUCACAGAAGGUUCAGUACACCCCAUGUCCAAAUAAUCCCAACAAAAUCAGCAUUCCUGGGUUCUUGAAGAAUCUUGUGGAGAAGAAACUGCCUGUGUGGGUUCAGAAUGCCUUUUUGGCAAUGCAACUGAGAGAAGGACGGGAAUAUGUUGUUCAAAAUGACAAUGUCUGUCCAGUUGAUUUCAGAUCCACAGGGAUUGUAGAACUGAACAAGAAAUGGGGUGAUGGUCUGCAGCAGUUUGUGGAGAUAAAACACAAAAUCAAACUAAGCACAAUUUCAGUUGUGACAAACUACCUUUCCAACAUUUCCUUCUUUGAGAUGUAUGGUGGAAAAAUAUAUGGAACAACAGGGACUCUUGGGUCCAAAGCAGACAUUCAGUUUUUGCAGAAUCUAUAUUCAACUCUCUCUGCCUGCAAAAUGCCAGCGUUCAACAGAAAGAAGUUAUAUGAAGUCAAAGGAACGCUGACAACCUCAGCUGAAGAGUGGAAAUCUGAAAUAAAACGUGUGGUCAUGGAACAGAUUUCCACUAAUUCAUACAGAGAAGGAAGAGCUUCCCUGGUGAUCUGUGAAACUAUCAACAAAGCCAAAGAGAUCUAUGAAGAACUUAAAGGUAGCAUUCCAGGUGAAAUCAUUCUGUACUGCCGCAGUGAUGGGGACGCUUUGAGCAAAAUAGAAAAGCAAUUGCUCCCCGGUGAUGUCAUUGUAGCCACAAACCUUGCUGGGCGUGGCACAGACAUCAAAGUGUCCAAAACAGUGAACAACAACGGAGGCUUGUUUGUGGUACUUUCUUUCCUCUCUGACAACACAAGAGUGGAACUUCAAGCUUUUGGUCGAACUGCACGCAAAGGUAAACCUGGAUCUGCUCAGAUAAUCAUGUCCACUGAACACUUGCAGCCAUCUUUCAGGAAAGCAUCCUGUCUGGAGGAAGCUAAGAGCACAAGGGAUCAACUAGCAGCAGAGAAGACAAAUCUCAUGAGGAAAGAAAUCACUGAGUUGAGACUGCGAGAGGAGCUAUUUUCAGAGUACUGCAAAACUCUUCGAGAGAUCCAUGCAAACACAGACGGACAUGAGAAAAAAGCAGUUGUUGCCAUCAUGAACGAGUUUUGGGGGAUAUGGCUGCAAAUCAAAUCAGAAGAAAUUGACCAGCUGAAAGCAAGUGAAUUGCGAGAGAGUUUGAAAGCUGAUUUGGAAUGGGCAAAAAGCCAGUCUCAGAGCCAGACUUCACCAUGUUCAAGCAUUUAUCAUUACAUUAAGUUUGGGAAUAUUGCCCUGGGUAAAAAGCGAUGGGAUGUCAGCAGCAGGCUUUUUGAAAGAGCGAUACAACAAGACGAGAGUUGGGCAGCCAUCGCUUUCUACAGUCGUGCAUACUGCACCAUAAUGAAGAAGGGUGAUGAUUACCUCACUAAGGCCAGUGAUGAUCUGAAGAAGGCACAAGAGUUACUGAAGUAUCUCAUUGAAGAGCCUAUAGUCUCUCUGCAGUUGGUCAACAUGUCCUCUUCAGACAAAAGUGGUGAAACCAGCCUUGGAAAGCAGUUAUUAACCAAGCACAAGAUGCUCAUUUGCUUUGACGACAACAUUACUGAGGCUAUCAAAAAGCUGGAUGAAAUACAGAGAGAGGAGUGGAAUGCAAGAGCCAAAAAGUCACCAAUUUCCUCCCUGGUGUCAAAUGCUGGUGAAGACUUCCAGGUGGAAGCAGACAACCUCUUCAGACGUGGUCUGCAAUAUGUUUUCUCUGUUGAAAAGGAGCCUCGUUUCCCAUGGCAAGCUCUGCUGGUGUUCUUCCUUGGAGCCUUACAGAUCAUUGGAGGUGCUUUGCUGACUGCAUUCACAUUUGGCACAUUAGCUCAAGUCGGCAUGGGACUGAUCACUGAAGGAAUAUCAGACUGCAUCUAUGCCAUUGAAUCCAUGGUGACAGGGGAAUUUAGCUGGAAAUCGUGGGCUAUAGAAAAGGCUGUCUCUAUUGGUGUAUCUCUCCUUGGGUUUGGAAUUGGAAAGCUGAUUGCAAAGGGCUUCACUGCUUCUAAAGCACUUUUGAAAAAGUUUGGCAGAGACCUGAAAUGUUUGCCAAAGUUUCUUUCCAAUCAGGCAAAAGAUGGCUUGAAUGCUGUUGCAAAAACAAACAUGAAGAAUGCAGUAACAGUCACUGCAAAAAAGAUGGCAGAGGAAAUCAUUACGUAUGGUUUGCAGAAAGGAGAAGAAGAAAUACUCAAACAGAUAUUACUUGGCAUUGAAAAUGGUGUGAGAAGGGGAAUUGCUGAUGAUGUAAAAUCAAAGCUAGAAAAAGAAGAGCUGGGUUCAUUAGUUGACUCUGUUAUCCUCUCACAUGUUGACGAUAAAGAGCAACUUCAGGAUCUCCUUCAGGACACCCAGAGAAAGACCAAACUACUGGACAUAUUCAAAGAGCUGAGCGACACUGCAAUGCAGCCGUUCUAUGCAGACCUCGGCUUGCAAAACAAGCUGAACUCAUCCUUUUACAGAGUUAUUGAGAGAGCCAAAACAGAAGUCAAAGGAAAAGCACAAGGAAUUCUGAUAGCCAUCCAAACUGCCCACAUGGGGGCACUGGCAGGAGACGCCAUUGCUGCAGUGCUAAGCCUCUCCAGCAAGUUUUUCACCAGCUUUCAGGAGCAGCUGAGUGCAUUCAGAAAAAGAAUACCUUCUCCUGUGGAGGAGAAGAAGAAUCUCUCUACUUCAGAUGAAGAGUUGCUGAAAGGAUUCAAGCAAGAGUUGACUGACAUGAUCAGCAAUUCAUUGGCUGCUGCUUUGGUAGAAGUGUUCCACCAGAAGUUCUCCAGUCACUUGGUUUCUGUUGCUCAAAUUCAAGCACAUGGCGUCAUUUCUGGACUUGUAAGGACUGGCUUAAAGAGUGAACGAACAGAGAAAUUGCUUGAAGCUGGACAGAGCAGCAACUACAUUGCACACAUGCCAGUAAACCCAACUUCCAAACAGCAUCAUACAAGAAAGGCGAUUGAACGGUCAAGGAAAUAUGCUGAGAAGAUCAAGGACUCCACAACUGCAGGAACUAUCCUUGACGGCAAAUUCGUAUCAGAAAUCACCAAAACUAAAGUCACCAUCCUCACUGAGGACAAACGUGGAAAACUCACUAAAAUGCAGGAGCUCAGUCCAAACAAAGCCAAUCAAAAUGUGACGCUGAUCUACAGACCAAAAAGUGAAAAAUACCCAAACGGCCAUUACGAUGUGUUCAUCAAUAACUGGAUAGUCAGCGUAGAGAGCAAAGACAAGAACUGUCUGUUUCAUGCUUUGGCACGAGGCAUGAAUCCAGAUGCCAGUGAGGCAGAGAUCUCAAAGACAGCAGACGGAUUCCGUGGUAUGGCGGCAGAUGCUGUCCUCCAAAACCCAGGCCAUUGGGAGCCUUUCAUCAAGCAGAAAGAGUUGGCUGAAUCCAUCAGAGGAGGGGACUGGUUUAUGGCAGAGGGAGCCCAGCCAGCAAUACAAAAAGUAAACGAAACCAAAACGUUACUGGAGCAAGAGGUCGGAAAAGUUGAAUUUUACAGGGACUGGAAAAAAUACUCAAUUCAAAAUCCAGGAAUUGGACAGUUCAUCAAUGCAGAUCACCAACCACCGGUGAGCUGUAUAGUGAAUGCAAACAAAUUGAACCAAAACAGCAAAUUAGCCACAGCCAUGUUAGAAGUGGCAACAAAAUCAUCUCCUCUGAAUCCCAACCUGAUUGACAAUGUGAAAAAUUAUCAUGGCCUUGAACUUCCAACCGUGUAUGUGCCUAAAGAUGUACAUCGUGAGUUUCUCAGUACAAAAUCACCUGACUUCAGAGAGCACUUGACUAAAUCCAUAAAAGAUGAUGACGUCGUGUCCACCUUUAAACUGACGAUUCUCGGCUCAAUGGUGAGAUCUAACUUGAACAGCACUGGAAACUACAACUCUUUUCAAGACACCCCAUGGAGUAAAACAAGGCUUGCUGUUUUUGAAGACAGUUUUCAGCAGCACAGUAAAACGAUGGUCCAUACCUGGUAUAACCUGCUGGACGGCAAGGGGGUCAUGACGAAGAAUGAUCUCGACACCAUCACUAAGUGGAUUGAUAAGAAGGGCUACAACGAUCAAAAUGAUCCAGACAGGGACAAGAUCUUCAGACUCCUACAGUGAAAAGGUACCACCACAUUUAAUACAAAACAAACACACGUUUACAGUAAUAGUUAUAAUUGAUAGUUUUUUUUGUUCCUACCAUUGUGCAAGACACGCAGUUCACAGUAUCUGAAUAAAUGUUUUUAAAAGGCAGGACAGCCACAAAGGAGUAGAAGAAAAAGUUUCACACUUUCUUCAUGUCACAGAGAUACAACAUGUAGCAACUUUCUCUUGAGACAUUAUUUUUCUAUCACCUGAAAAUGGAAAAUGUGACUCUUUUGGUGUUGCCUUUGUGUUAUGCCAAGCAGUUUAACAAAUUGUUUUUCCUCUGCAAAACAGGGAAAGGUGAAGAAUGUGCCUGGACAGCUCAUGCAUUGCAAGUGACAGAGAUCAUCCAGUGCUUUGAUGAUCAUAUAGAGAUCAGUGUGGGUAUAAAUCAUGAAAACAGCUGUCAAUGCUGGUUCAAACAAUGGAGGCCUGAUGUGAACACUGUAUCUAUGACAGACUUGUGUUGUAUAUAAGACUAUUUUUUUUAUGUUUGCUUUUCUGAAUGUAUUAGUAGUCAUUUUUUAAUUCUUACUGUAGUAUCACAAAAAGAAUUAAACUAAAAUAUGAAUCUUAAAUGAUUUAGAAAAAUUAUCCAUGAAUUAUAUGAGAUAAUUUAUAUAAUGAUGAUCCUAUUGUUUUUGAUUUUCAACCUUACUUUAGUGACAUUGUCUUUUUUUUUUUCAAGUUUCAUGUGUUUAAUUCUGAAAUCACAUUUUUAUGAACCACUUUAUGAAAUUUACUCAACGUGAUUGUUUUGUUUUUGUUUUAAUCAUUUUUUAAAGUCAUACAUUAAAUCACUCUGUCAGUCAUUAUGAAAGGGAUAGUUAAUAUCCAGAGACUUUUCAAAAACUUUCAACUAUACAGAACUGUUGCAUUUAUAAAGUUAUAACUAGUUGUUAUAUAUGAAUGGAGGCUGAAAUGAAUUACUUACUGUCUCCUGUGCUGGAAUAAUCAAACUUUUUAUCUAAAUUCAAUGUUAGAUAACUCUAAGAUAACAGUGAGCAAGUCACAUUUUCAAGAUUUCAUAAUCACACAUUUAGUGUUAUCUGUCGCACUCCUACAUCCAAAGCCUAAUUCCUUUCACUCUUUAAAAAACACAGUUCUUAUAUCAGCCUAAUAAUGACUAAAAUCAAAUAUCAUUCAGCAAAGCCUGUGUAAACCAUUUACUGAGUCUCAGUUGAACAUGAGUUUCUUCCUCCUCUCCACACAUGUCCUAGUGCUGUCAUUUUCCAGCAGAUGGCAGUGUUAAAUCACGUGAUGAAAGACGCUGGUUCCCACUUAAGCCAACAGGGGGCGUAUUCAGCCUCCAGUUCAUCUUUCCACUCAGAUGAAGGCUGUGAUUUAUGACUUUUGCUCAGCUAUGUGCCAGAGGCUGUAGACCAUUAUGAGCUUUUACUAAACAACCAGUGCUCUGAGAGAAGCUGAUCAAUUAGAGAUCAACUACACAGCCAAUGACUUCAUUAUUUACAAUGUUUAUACAGCUCACUUCAUGACAUCUCCUUAUCCCCUGCUGUCAGGUUAACCACGAACUCAAUAAAAAAAGGUAAUGUUGCUGUAAAUGAUAAGCUUUCACAGAUGCAUAAAGUCACAAUCAGAGUUAUAGAUACUUCAACUUAUGCAUAAACAUAUUAUGUCAAAGUUUUGAAUAUUAGCAGCUGUAUUAGGUUGAAGUUAAGCGCAGUUACAAUUAAAUACAGUAAAUGUUUUAUGUAGUCAGACCUGUUUAUUUGGUACCUCUCAUAAACUUGUGUUACAGAAAGUGAAUGAAACUGAAAUGCAGGAUUUAUUUAUAAUUUAAUAAAUAUAUGAAGGAGAAAUUAUGAAUAUUCCACUUAACACUGAAAAUAUAGAGAAUACAAGUAUAAACAUGUAGUGAUUUGAAUUUAUAAUAAAUGUCUUCAGAUUAAUAAUCUUAAAUUAUGACAUUUAUGCACUUGUUGAAAGGGGCAUCACCCACCCUUUCUGGUGGGAAAAUAAAGAGAAAAAAAAGUUCAAUUUAGAAAUCAAAAAUUAAGUCAAUCUUAAAUUACUCAGGUCUUUUAAAGUUCUUGUUUUGUAUGUGUGUACAAGCAUGAUGAAGAAUGUAUGUCUUUUGAUGCAACUGAGUCCUGUCGAAAGAUGAACUUCUGUCACUUUUUUGUGUCAGACAAUAAACUUCUUCUAUUUUGUUCUA